AUGGACGUGCUAAUUGUAUAUACCCUAUGCGAGAGCACACUACACACGGAUUUCGCUCUAUUCUCUGAAUUCCUCAAUGCACCUGAUAUUAUAUUUGCAUCGGUAUUGGCUACCGAGGACACCAAAAAGCUCGAAGAGUCCCCGAGAAGGGCGCGGAUCUCAUGA